CUCAAGUGAACUGUAUUCUCAUCUUAUUUAGGAAAUGUUACUUGCAAUUUAAAGAGUUUUCAGCUUUGGAAAGUUUUGAGAAAACGGGGCAGUAUUUGAAGGCUUGACAGAUGCAUCCGAGGCUGAAAAACUGCUGCAUUCUUCCUCCUCUUCCUCCUUUAGAAAAUUGACUUCUUUAAAGAGAGGUAAGAGAGAAGGAAAAGAAGUAAGAAAAUGCUGGGAUCGGAACGAGGUGUGGUAGAAGAAUGGCUGUCAGAAUUCAAGGCAUUACCUGAAACACAAAUUUCCAGUUACGCAGCUACAUUGCACCGAAAAAAAACACUGGUACCAGCUCUUUAUAAGGUCAUUCAAGACCCUAACAAUGAGCUCCUGGAGCCUGUUUGUCACCAGCUCUUUGAACUUUAUCGUAGUUCUGAAGUUCGGCUCAAGAGAUUCACGUUGCAGUUUUUGCCAGAGUUGAUCUGGGUUUAUCUACGUCUUACUGCCAGCAGGGAUAGGCAGAGUAAUGGUUGCAUUGAAGCGUUGCUGCUUGGCAUUUACAACUUGGAAAUUGCUGACAAAGAUGGAAACAACAAAGUGUUAUCUUUCACCAUCCCUUCGUUAUCUAAACCCUCAAUAUAUCAUGAGCCCUCUACUAUCGGAUCCAUGGCUUUGACUGAAGGAGCUCUGUGUCAGCAUGAUCUUAUCAGGGUAGUUUAUAGUGAUCUUCAUCCUCAAAGAGAAACCUUUACAGCACAGAACCGGUUUGAGGUGCUGAGCUUUCUCAUGCUGUGCUACAAUUCUGCUAUUGUCUAUAUGCCUGCCUCUUCUUACCAAUCACUUUGUAGGAUGGGUUCCAGGCUCUGUGUGAGUGGCUUUCCCCGGCAGCAUGAGAAACACUGGAAAGAACACUGUGGUAGAGUGGUGUUAGACCCUGACUUUAUGGUGCAGCUGCUGACCGGUGUCUACUAUGCCAUAUAUAAUGGUCAAUGGGAUCUUGGCCAGGAGGUAUUGGAGGACAUAAUUUACAGAGCACAGCUUGAACUCUACUCACAGCCUCUGCUGGUUGCAAAUGCCAUGAAGAACUCGCUGCCCUUUGAUGCUCCUGAUGCAUCACAAGAAGGCCAGAAGGUACUGAAAGUUGAAGUUACUCCCACAGUGCCGAGGAUUUCUCGGACUGCCAUUACAACAGCUUCUAUUCGUCGUCAUCGCUGGAGGAGAGAAGAUGGCUUUGACUUCUCAAACGAGGCUGACUCAAGCAUACCUGGCUCACCGAUCCAACACGGCUCCACAGACCUAGGGAUCAAACGUGAGCAAGAGGGGGAGGUGCUGAUGCGCAGGACCCCUGAGCAUGGCUUCCCGGAGCCCACCUUGACAGCAGCCACAACAGAGGAUGCUGAGGGUGUAAAUGGAAGAGAGGAAUCUGUGAACCUUAAUGAUGCUGACGAAGGAUUUUCAUCAGGAGCUUCCCUCAGCAGCCAGCCAGUUGGGACCAAACUUCUCUCAUCCGUAUCCCAGAAGAGUAGUUUAAGGAAAGCAGCGAGUGGGCGUUCUGCUAAGGAUAAAGAAACCUCUUCUGCAGCAAAAUCCAACGAGAGCCCUAGAGAUUCAGUAGCUUGGAAGCAGUACAUGCACCAAUCCACUGACCUUGGUGCAGAUAUAAUUGAGAUGACACCUACUAAGAAACACCUCAGCCUGCCUGCUGGGCAGGUGGUGCCAAAAGCUAACAGUUUGAGCCUGAUUAGGACCGCCAGUGCUUCCUCCAGUAAAUCAUUUGACUAUGUGAAUGGCAGUCAAGCAGGCUCCAGUGUCGGAGUUGGCACAGAGGGUGUCACCAAUCUAGCAGCUGGCAACACCAAUCGGUUUUCAACUAUCAGCCUACAGGAGGAUCGACUAGGCCAAGCUGGGGAAGGUAAAGAUCUCCUUCCCCCAGGAGCUCCCCUAACCAAGCAGUCUCGAUCUCCAAGUUUCAAUAUGCAGCUGAUAUCCCAGGUGUAGCUGACUCCCUUCUUAGGACUCCCUCUUCCCCCUUAAUUCCUAAGCAAGUUCAUCCUUGGGCGAAACAAGAACCAUCAUCCCACAGUGUGAAAAUACUGUUGUGAUCUUGUUUGAUUUGGUUUAGAUAUCAUCCUGUAUCUUGUUCUGAAACAGCAAUAAUUCUUCCCUCACCUUCCUCCUCACCCCUUGUAAACAUGGUUGUGAAGCAGUAUAUAACGUACUGUAUGCCUUUUUCCAUGCCUUCCUUUCUCCUUGGGUGAUGUGCAAUCCAUCGUAGGCUGAUCAGUCCCAUUUCAACACUGUGAGACUGGAGACACCGGCGGAAAUGGUGAAUGUGAUCCCUAUGAGAUGAUGCUUUGGCUUUGUUAAGAAAUAGAAACGGGUUUGUUUUCUCGGUCUACAGUACUGCAAAGACUACUGGAUCAUGACUUUUCUUUCUCAGAACCAGGAGUGCCUCAGAGAUUCUAGUGUGACUUUGGACCUCUCUGAGUCUGUGCAAUCAAUUCUGGGGAGGGGAUUGUCAUUGCUGCUCCUGGCUGCCUACAGCACUUUUUCAUUAAAAUGAGGGUAGUUUUUUCUUGCCUGCCCCCAGUCUCUCAUCCCAGAAGCUUUUGAUGUUCAGCAACUGCAACAUGCAUAUUACCAAGUUGUUGUCCCUCAGAGAGAGGGUUGUAAGUAGAUAACGUAGGUUGCAAUGCACUUCUUAUGGCGUUGUAGCCAUGUUAUGUUGUAUGUCUUCCCCUCCAGGACACAGGGUCAUUCUGCAUAUAGAUUAAAAUUUAGAGAAGACGAUGCUGGUAAAGCAGUUUAGUUCAUAAGUGGGAGGGAAACGCUGCUUUCCCAGGAACUAAUGGCUAGCUCUCCUCCAAUUGUUGUUGUUGUUCUUGUUGUUGCUGCUCUUGUGAGGUGAUGAUCACUGAACUGAAAGGUGUAUUCGGGUAAAGAGUAUUUCUCAGGCUGCUUUCUAUGGUAUCAUGGCUGUUGGACACUCCCACCCCUCAGCGGCUUUCUCAGUGUCCCUAAAUUCAAUCACGGAGUCAUUUUAAGAAUCCUGCAGUCCAGACAGACCAUCCUCUAAGGGGCUGUCUCAGGGAUAGAGACAAUGAUUUGCUAGAAACACUGAAGCUUCAAUGUGAAACACUUUUCUAGAAACGUCAUUUGUACCGAGUAGUACUGACAGUGUAUUUUUCCCAGAAGGACCACACUUCACUGCCUUUGUAUUCAUAAUCCAUGAAGGUGUUGCGGGUUUUUUUGUUUUGUUUUAUUUUUUAACUGUCCUAUGAUUUUAGUUGAUUGGCUCCUACUCUAGGAAAUUCAAAACUCAUGCCAUUGAGCCAGACUUUGAAUGUAUAUGACUGGGAUAUGGGCACGGGCUCGUACUUGUGAUAGAGAACACUGCUUAGAAGUGUGUAUUCCUGGUUACACAGGAAAAUGCUGUCAUUCUUUCUCUCUCUCUCUCUCUCUCUCUCUCUCUCUCUCUCUCUUUAUCUCUUUUUGGAUUGCUGGAGAGAAAAGAGGAAGGCACAUCCUGUUUUCUUAGGUAAUGUAUACUAUCCUGGAAGUUUACAAAUUGUAAAGCCACAGGAGAGAGUUACAGUCUUUAUGUGGGCACUUUGGUUUCACUGUCACUGUGAAGAAAAAACAUGAGCAGUUAGAAAUAGCAGGUUAUCUUUGGAUGAUAGAUUGUCUUUAAGAAAUUCAGGACAAUAACAUGGUGUUUUUUGUGUAGCUUCUGGUAUUUAACUUUUGAACUUCUUCAUUUGAAAUAGAACUUUAUUUCCAAUUUAUGUUAAAACUCUUUUAAACAUUCAAAGGAGUUUUUGUGGUUUGACGAGUCACUUUGGCAGUCUAGUCUUCAUAUCUUUAAUUCACAGAGAAGUGAUAGAAUUAAGCGGCAUCCAGAUUGAUGCCAAAAUUCAGUUAAAGAGUAAAUUGAAUUAUUAAAAAGAAAGAAAACCUUAACUGUUUUCUCAAUUGAACUUAAUCUUUAAGAACCACUAGUGACACACAGCUAGAACUCUAAGGCAAACUCGAGAUUAAGGUGUAAGGUAGAACCCUCUGUGAAAAUCAAACACUGAGGUAUUUUCUAUAAAAAUGUCAAAAGCUGUGUAUGAUUAGAGGGACUACUCUGAUUUUGUAAAGUUUUAGCAGCAGAAACGCUUGGUAACAGUCAUGGUUGUGCAGAAGCUUGCUUGCUAGUUUGUCUUCUGAAAGUUUACAACAUUUGUAUUUUGUAGAGACCAUCCAAAGGGAAUUAUGAAAAAGAGCCAUCACUGUAGAUUGCAAAGGACCAAAUUAUUUGUUUAAAUCUUCGGGAAAGGAAAGGUCAGAAGUAUCAGCUAGUUUUUGAAGAAUUAUUUUGUAAGUAUUUUUAAAAAUUGAGUUGUUUGUUAGCAAGGUUCUCGAGUUUCUGUGUUUAACAUUGUAAGCGUUCAUCCAGAAGUUUUAGGAUGCUUAAAUUGACAUCAGGCCAAAUUUGACAAACUCAUAUAUGUAUCUCCUUAUGUGUGGGUUUUCUUUUCCCUUUACGUUAUGCUACUACCCUCUUUCAGGAAAGUGGGACGGCAAAUGUGCAUGCAUAAAUUUGAAUUGGUUAAAACUUUAGUCAAACCACAUUUUAAGAUAUUUUUGCAGUUCUCAUUUUGAUGGUGUGCCUUUUUGUUAUGGUUUAAUAAUCCAUUGUAUUUUGUUUUGUUCUUGUGUAUAUAUAACUCCCCUAUAAAGCUUUUUGAAUGAGUUCAAAUUUAUCCAUAUAAUUUUUUUUCCUAUGUGCUGAUGUGGUACAUGUAUAACUUAUCAAAUUUACCCUUUGAGGGCAACGUUUUGUUUGCGGCAGUUUGUUUUGUCGUUUUUCAGACAGGCACUGAUCAGCGCCUGUCUUAGAAAUGAGUCAUCACUAGUAUCUACAAACCAGCUGUAAUAACAAGCCUUGGCAGUGCUGUAUAUCACAUGUAUUGUUAAUGCUUUUAGAUGCGUCUCAAAACUGUGCCAAGGUGUGUUAAGACUGUAGCGACACUCUGUGUGCUGUAGUUCAGCACACUUCAAAGUAGCGUGGCAGUAAUAAAAUUAGAAAUGUCUAGAAUAUGGGUUGAGAGAAUAAUCUGCUGGCUUUCUGAUUAUGUAUGUUAAGUACUAAAUGAAGAACAAAACAUACUUAAAUUUUCUGACACCUGUGACAAAUAUUUAGAUUUAAAUCUCUUUAUCCUGAAUUAAUUCUGCUGUGACUGUUUUUGGAACGUUUGGUACUUGACACGAGGCGCUAGUUUUAGAUAUCUGCGGUAUCUCAAUGCAGCUGCAGCAUAGCAAGAGAAGGUCAAAAAGCAGAACACUACAUUUUUUUCUGUGUGUAUGCGUGUCUGCAUGCACAUAUAUAUAAUUCUUAGGAGAGAAAGUGUGGGUACUAUAUGUAGGUGUAUAUACACGUGUAAGUAAGGAUAAAUGAGUUAUCCCUUGAUAAAAUUUUUACCACAUGAUGAUAUGCUGCCAUUUUGUUACUCAUUUUUUCUUGGGCGUUACGAUUUUAGGAAAAUAGAAAAAAUGUUGGGUUUGCUAAUUCAAGCUUUGAUUAGCUUUUUCAGGUGUUUAUUAACAACAGCUUUUUGGUUGAACAAGGAGCCAUUUUUUCAUCCUGCAGGCAGCAAAAUGAUUAAGUAAAAAUACCUAUUAAAAUGAAUGUUACAAGGUGAAGAUUUGAACUGCGGUAUUAUCCUUUCAGUUUAGAUUUUGGUAUAUGGAGACUUUGUACUUCACUGUACAUCUUAAAUACCAUUUGUUUUGAACACUCUUUCUGAUGUGAAUUUGAAAACGCUUUUUAACAGCGUACUUCGUUCUGUAAUGCUGAACAUCAUGUUGCAGCCAGAAAGCAUCAGAUCUAGUAUUUGUAGUUUGCAAGUGUGUUGAUCUUAAGUAGUUAAAUCCAACAUUUCCAACGUACUCUUGCUGGCUUUAACGUAAUUAAAUUCACCUGUUUUGGCAACAAAAUAGUGAGAAAUAUUUUGUUCUCUGGCAAAGUAUUUAUUUGCACUACUUUGUGAAUAGUGGAGUUUACUGGGACAGGGUUUUUUCUCACCAUGUGAGGUUUACUUGUGUGUGGAUAGGUACAUACAUUUGUCACGUGUUGACAAUCAAUUGCCUCAACUGUGUGUAUACUGUAUGUAAAUAUAGACAUAUUUUUCCAGAUUAAGGGGAGAAACCUACACCUUAAUAAUGGUAGGAAAGCUACUCCGUAGUAAGGGUGACCCCAUCUCUAAUCCCUUUUUGUCCCCAGAUACUAUGUAGUUUGUUUCCACUUCUUUCACAAAGAUUAUUACUGUUCACGGAAAAAAAUUAGCUUCCGGGGAAAGUGUCCUCAAUGUUUAAUCUAUAACACUUUCAAAAUGCAAUUUUCUGAACAAUUUAAUUUUGGAGUAGACUGAUCUAUGCUAAAGCUGUAUUUUAACAUAAGAAUUUAAACUUACCUUAUUUUUUUUCAUGAACUGAUGGCUACCUGUUUUAAGUGUUCAGGUACUUUAAUUUUGUCACAAACUGGAAAUUUUUGUUUGUCUUGGCUUGCAAAUUUAAAUUACUUUGAAGACCAAGUGGAAACCAAGAGUAAUUUUUCAGGAAAGAUCUUAAAACUAGGUACUGUAGUCAUAAUCCUGGAGGAGGUGUGGAAAACUGUAAUGAAACAUGUUUGAAUGAAAUGCAUGUGUUGCACACAGAACAAAAAGAUGUUUCUGAUGUUCUUAAAUCUAAUUCUCUUAUCCUUACGUUCUGCGAGUCUCUCAUUGCCAAAGAUUUUGCUACCUUGGCAUGGUUAAUAUAGUAUUAAAUCCAUUAGCUAGGGCUUAUUUGUAACAUCCAUUACAAUUUAGGAACAGUUUGUGCGAGAACAGUAAACAUGCUUUUUGUGUGGCUUGUCUAGGAUGACCACAGAACUAAAGCUGCGGAACAGGAGUCUUUUCCAAGCGUGGUAAAAAGAAAGGGCAUUUUCUCUGUACAUAUAUUGCAUUUUUGGUUGUUUUCAAUUUUUUUUCAGUGGUUAAAACGCUGUUUAUUUCUAGCACAUGGGCCUUAAUCUCCCUCGAUUAUUAUUUAGUUUGUUUUUUCAUUGACAGUUGGAUAAACUUGGCUGUAGAAAGCUUUUCUAGAGGUGGUUGGAAGCGGGGUGGGAAGAGAUCAUGUAUGGGUGUUGUGUUAGUGAAGAUGUACAUCAGUCCGUCAAAAUUUUCAUGGCAUGACCAGCUGAAGAGCCAAAGUACUCACCUGCCUCUUACACGAUGACGGAGGACGACGGAGAGCUGUGUGCAGCUUGGUGCAUUGCUAGUUUAUGAAACCAAGCAGUGAAUAGAUUUUGAAAGGUUGAUAUGUCUGAUGAUUUCCACAAAGUCUUUAUUUAAAGUUUUUAUUUAAAAUAAAAUAAAUCUUUGAACAUGCUUGCAAAACAUAAAAGCUAACCAUUUGGGGUAAACUUGCCUGGUAAGUUUGGCAAGUGUUAAGGCCUGCUAUCAUAAGUAAAUUAAAAGUUCAGAAGCAAGCUGUAGAAGUCUAAAAGCACCUUGCAGCUUCCAGAAAUAGAUUUAAUGAAAAUCUCUCCCAGGCUAGGUGGCUGUAUUCUAAAUUUGAUGAAAGAAAAUGACAAACAGUUUCUGUUUUCAUUAUUUGAUUGAUUUUUCUUUUGGAUUUAAAAAAAAAAAAAGGCAAAGUCCUCUGAGUUUUUUACUAUGAACAUCAGAUUUUACCGAAGAUUGGAUUUGGAGGACUAAAUUAAUUAAAAAUGGGUCCAUAAUUGUCCCUUCUAUCAUAAUUGAUUACUAGAAUAUUCUUGACAGGAAGAGGUACACUAUAAAACUUCGUGUCCGUAGAGUAAAACCUUGGCUUGCAUUUUAACUUGUGCAUGAUGGGCAAAGUGAUUAGGCCAAGUUCUAUUAACUAACUACUUUGUUGUGAGCUCCUGCUUAAUGCCUUACAGUCAGUAAGAGGUAAUUCAGAGCAGAAUAACUUUGAAUACUGGUGGAACUUCAAAGUAACUUAAAUUUUGACUCUUGAAAAGAUGAUUAAUCACCCAUUAAAAUGUAGUACAGAAUUUAACUUUUUUCUUUAGAGGGGAAAAAUGGGGAUUGGUGGGGGGGAGGGGAAGACUUCUGAUGAUUUAGGAAUAUCUUCUGGAAAAGUGACGUACUUUGUCAUGGAAUGUUUCUUACAAGUAGGAUGGUGGAUCCUGUGUGUUUGGGUCCUCAUCCUCCCCAGAACUGACCACAAAACAGAAAAGUUAGUAGGAAUAAAGCAACCUGUUCAAAGAGAAAUUUCCUUUCCUCUAAAAUUAGUAGAACUUGGGAGUGAUACUAAUUAAUACUAGCUAUUGACACUGUUCCUUUUGUUCAGGCAGUUUCUAUAGCAGUGCUAGAUUUUCAUGUUAUUCGUUUAUGAAAAAUGCAAGUGUUAGAAACUUUGUGGCUUCAAAUAUAUCGUAGAUGUGAGUUAGCAAUCACUCAGGAUAAAUCACUUUUCAAAGUAUUAAUAGUUUGUUAGUACUGGGGUGUGUAUGUGUGUUUUUGUGUGUCAGUGUUCAAUGAUUACUUUGAAACAAGACUUCUUACUGUUUUCUUGCAGAAAGUGCAUACUUUUGGGAAGGAUGUUGCUAGCUGGUUAUUUAUGGAAAGAUACCAUAUGAUUAAAUAAAAUUGAGUCAUUUAACUUUUUUCCAUAUCAAGGAUUCCAGGAAAAAGCUAAUAAAGAUUUUGAAUAGUUAAAUCAGAUACUCUUAAUACAUUUUAGAUUUCCUAUGGUAGCUUUUAUCUGUUAUAAAAAAGCUAAACCGAGGUAUACCCCAUGCUGCGUUUUUUAAAUUUAUAUUUCCUCUACUUGACAGUGAAUCUUUUGAUUUGUAUUGUCCUUGUGACAAUACAGGAUAUGCAGUCAGUUUUACUGGCCAAAAAAAAAAAAAAAAAAAAAACAUUCUGCAAGGGUUAAAAGAUUAUUUUCUUACUUUUUCUGUCAUACAAGGUUUGUUUCUCUGAACUAAGGUUUCUGAGGAUUUUUACUACUUUAGCAUUAUGUAAUCUUAUCUCUGUCAUAGGAGGAGCAUAAGCAGCACGUAGCCCACUUCUUGUGGACAAAUAGGCUAGGCGAAAGAAUGUGGAUUAGUGGUGUUGAAUCCCUUUUCACCAGGAUAACCCUGUGUGUUGGUAUGAACCCCACACAUUCAGGAUUCAGUACUGGUGCCGGACUAAAACAAAUGGGUUUUUAAUAACCACAACCUCUGCUGUAUGAUGUCCUUUAACCUGGGACCAGGGAAAAUCUUCAUUCUUAGACCUGAAGAUGGCACGUAUUGAAGAUCAUGUUAGUGGUGCAUGUAAGCCAUUAUCUUAACUGUCUUACUGAACUGGUUAAUGCUGUUGACUGUUGUUGAAAUGUGAAAUGUAGUUACUAUUGACUUUGUAAAUACCUUCCAGAGAUGAAAUAUAAUUAUUUUAAAUCAUUGUAAAUAGAGAUGUAUAAAACUAAACAAUCUGCAAAGGAGAAAAGAAUUAUAUAUAUAAAUAUAUAUAAAUAUAUAAAGAUGUUAAAUAAAUAUUGUGCUGUUUCUGAACA